AUGAAAAUCCAUGUGGGUCUCUGUCUCAGCUAUAUUUGUAGCUUGUUAUUGUUGUUGGGUGUAUUGGAAGUGUCCUGUGAUCUUUGCUGCAGCCAAGAUGGGUAUUCUGAAACCUCUAUUGUCUCUGGUGAAUUUAAUGUUCUCAAUCAAAACAGAACUAAAGAACUCUUCAACAAGAUUCUAUCCAAUACCUUGGAAGAGUGUGAAGGAAAGAGCUUUUAUAACUUUGAUUCAUUUAGCAAUGCAUCCAAUGCCUUCCCUGCUUUUGGAAGCACAGGAUCAUCAGAUAUAGCAAAGAGAGAAGUGGCAGCAUUUUUGGCUAAUGCCGCAUUUCUAACUGGAGAGUUCUGCUAUAUCAAUGCAAUACACUCAGAUUUAGAUUACUGUGAUGAGACCUACACCACCUAUCCUUGCACUGAGGGAGAGAGUUACCGUGGGCGUGGUCCAAUUCAAUUAACUUGGAACUUCAACUAUGGAGCUGCAAGAGAUUACUUCAACUUGGACUUGUUGGACAAACCUGAACUUGUGUCUACAAACUCCACAAUCUCUUUCCAGACCGCUCUCUGGUUCUGGAUGAUAAAUUCUGAUUGUCACACUCAUAUUGUUUCUGGAGAAGGCUUCCUAGAAACUGUAAAAGAACUAGGCAAUUCAGGAGGCAAUUGCCCUGAAGAUAUUGCCUCCAGGGCUAAAUACUACAAGACCUACUGUGAGCAACUUGGGGUAGAUCCUGGACCAAAUGUAGAAUGUGACACAAAAUCAAGCUCGCCAAUUCCAAGUUCAGGGGAAGGCACAAGAAAACCCAAGAAACAAAUGUCCAAGAUUCUGGGAGAAAUCAUAGGGGGGGCAGCUCUCAUAUCUUGCUUGAUUUUCUUUCUCUGGAGUUUGCACAUUAGAGACCAAAGAAGACAUACUGGAAAUAGAGGUGUGGAGCAAAUAAAACCUGCAACUGUUAGCUUCAAUUACAGUUACAGAGUGAUUGAAAAAGCAACCGAGAACUUUUCUGCUGCAAACAAGCUUGGAGGAGGGCGAUUUGGUGAAGUUUAUAAGGGGACACUUUCUGAUGGCGAGAAGAUAGUUGUCAAAAAGCUCCUUGCAGCUCAAUCAACACGAGCAAUGGAAGAAUUCGACACAGAAGUCGAGAAUGUUUGCGGCUUUCUUCACAAAAACCUUGUUCGUUUGCUUGGAUGUUGCAGUGAGGAGCAUGAAAGAUAUCUUAUAUAUGAAUUUAUGCCAAACAUGAGUCUUGACAAGCAUUUGUUUGAGAACAAUGGAAAAUGCCUCAGUUGGGCAGAACGUUUCGAAAUAAUAACAGGAAUUGCACGGGGUCUCACAUAUUUGCAUGAAGAUUCUAAUGCUCAGAUUGUACACACAGACAUCAAAACUUCCAACAUCCUUCUGGACAAAAAUCUCCAACCUAAAAUAGCAAAUUUUGGGUUAGCAAAUCUCUUCCAAAAACAUGAAAGUCCUCUUACAGGGAGGGAUCACGGAAGCAUGGGAUAUACUGCUCCAGAAUAUGCUGUACAUGGUCAAUUAACGCAGAAAGCAGAUGUUUACAGUUAUGGCAUAGUUGUUCUGGAGAUCAUAAGUGGUAAGAAGUGCAACAAUACAGGAUACCCAGCACCUAUGGAGCUUCUGUCACAAUGGGCCUGGAGUUUAUAUGAAAGAAAUGAAAGCAUCAGUAUUGCUGAUCCAAGACUGCAGUUAGGGACUCUGUCUCCCAAUGAACAUUCACAGAUUUUAAUAGCAAUACACAUUGCUCUUCUUUGCAUUCAAGCAACUUCAAUUCAGAGGCCAUCAAUGUGUAAUGUUCUGUCAAUGUUGUCAAAUGAUAUGGAGAUUGUAGAUGUACCCACUCAACCUGCAUUAUUGGAUUUUCAGAACAAAUUAGCUGCCUCAAGUUCUGAACCUUCACCCAUAACCUCCCAUUCCUCAAUCACUUUCCCUCUCUUUGCACGCUAG